ACAAUCUUAAAUGCCCUUUUAUUUCCUGAUAUAUUCAACCACAAUCAAGAAAAGAUCUAAACUUUAUGCAAAUUCACUUCUAGAAUAAGGUUCUAAUGGAUCUGUAUAUGUGUAUGUGAUCAAGCUUAAGAUUUCUUUACAUUUAGGGAUGCCAAGAUUAGGGUUUGUGAUCAUAUUAAUCUUGUUCUUGUUCUUGGCAUUGCAUAGUUUGCUGUCAAAUUUCAAGAUUUUUAUGUAUAGAAAAAGCUCUGCAUUUGCCCAUAAAUUGGUCAAAUCUGAUAUCAUACUGCAUUCUCAGUUAUGGUUUCGUCGAAUCCGUGUGCUUUCGGAGAGAGAUCCAGCUAAAAUGGAUGAUGGUUCGGAUACGAAAAAGGACCAAUCUACAUGGGAGCCGUUGCUAGAAGAGUUUACAUUUGCCGAAAACACAGCCCCUUUUAAUAGUUGUCAUGCUUCUACAAUAGUUGAGGUUGAUAAAGACUGCUUUUUAGUAGCAUACUUUGGUGGUUCAUACGAGGGGGCUCCCGAUGUCAAGAUUUGGUUACAGUUGCACAAGGAUGGUCAAUGGCACCCGCCGGUUAUUGCCGAUGAGCAAGAAGGCGUUCCAAUGUGGAAUCCUGCACUAUUUAAGCUUCCCUCCAACGAGUUGCUUCUCUUCUAUAAGAUCGGGCAGGAAGUUCAAAAGUGGAGCGGGUGCAUGAAGAGAUCGUACGAUGGUGGCAUAACUUGGGGCGAGCGAGAACAACUUCCGCCCGGCAUCCUAGGACCAAUAAAGAACAAGCCCAUCUUACUUGAAAAUGGGAAAUUACUAUGUGGUUCAUCUGUCGAGAGUUGGAACUCGUGGGGCGCAUGGGUGGAGAUGACUGCAGAUUCAGGCAGAUCAUGGAAAAAAUACGGGCCAAUUUAUAUACAAAACGAGUCACUCAGUGUGAUCCAACCGGUUCCUUACAAGACCGCAAAUGGAAACCUACGAGUUCUGUUAAGAUCAUUUGAUGGCAUCGGUCGAGUUUGUAUGUCGGAAUCCCUCGAUGGCGGUGAAACCUGGAGUUUUGUGGUGCCAACUGACCUACCCAACCCAAAUUCAGGAAUUGAUGGUGUAAAGCUGAAAGAUGGCCGGGUGUUGCUUGCGUACAACACGGUCUCGAGGGCCGUGCUGAAAGUUGCAACGUCAGCAGACGAUGGAGAUUCAUGGCAAGAGGUUGUAACGCUGGAGGAUACUGAAGGAAUGGAGUUCUCGUAUCCAGCUGUUAUUCAAUCAAGUGAUGGAUGUGUUCAUAUAACAUAUACAUAUAACCGGACACAGAUUAAGCAUGUUGUUCUUCAACCAAAACAGUAGCAUCGUACAAGAUAUCAAAGGGUUCGCAUGUUGUAUUGUAACGGGUAAAAAUCCUUGAUGUGAAACCUGAUGCACCCGACCAGGCUUUUAUUCAAAUCGACAUUUUGUGUUUUCAUGCAAUGACAGAUUGUCAAAGACAUUAGUUCUAACCUGAACACACUUAAAAUCAUGCAACUCAA